AUGGCAGCUGCGUUUAAACUGUGUCUUUGUAUCCUAGAGAACAACUUCCCUCCCCUGCCUCGAUUCAUCCCCCUCAAGCCAUGUUUUUACCAAGACUUCAAUGAGAUCCCAGACCAGCGUCGCAGCAUGUGCAAGAGGCUCUACUACUUAUGGAUCUUGAAUAGCGCCACACUGGCUGUUAAUCUGAUUGGCUGUCUGGCGUGGAUGUGUGGUGGUGGUGGAGCGACCAACUUCGGCAUGGCCAUCCUGUGGCUCAUCCUCUUCACCCCCUGCUCCUAUGUGUGCUGGUUCAGGCCCAUCUACAAAGCCUUCAAGACUGACAGCUCGUUCAAUUUUAUGGCUUUCUUCUUCGUGUUCAUGGCCCAGGUCGUGAUCAGUAUUAUCCAGACAGUUGGUAUUCCUGGAUGGGGAGUGUGUGGUUGGCUGGCUACCAUCACCUUCUUCAGCACCAACGUCGGCUCAGCUGUGGUCAUGCUGAUACCCACCAUCAUGUUUACUGCAGUGGCUGUGCUCUCUUUCAUCGCUCUCACAAAGGUUCAUAACUUCUACCGUGGCAGUGGUGGCAGUCUUGGUAAGGCCCAGGAGGAGUGGGCCACCGGGGCGUGGAAGAACCCGCACGUCCAGGAGGCAGCUCAGCAGGCGGCGAUGGGAGCCGCCCAGGGAGCCAUGCAGCAGAACCAGUACUCAGCAGCUCCCACCUACAACUACGACGACCCCCCGAUGUAG